CUGCUUUCUUGUGUUGCUAAUCCACAGUUGCUCGCUAGCUACCCGCCUGAUGUUGCUGAUCGUGCCAAGGCUAUUCUUACGUGUUGCGGCGGAUUUGGUCCUGGCGCUUACAACCACAGUCAAGGAAUAGAAGUCGUUCGUAGACAUAUAGCCGACUUCAUCACGAAACGUGAUGGGUUCGACAGCGAGUAUGGAAAUAUUGUUAUCAACAACGGUGCUUCUGAAGCCAUUCGUAACGUACUGGAAUUGUUUGUCAAUCAUGAUAAGAAGAAACGAGUUGGAGUGAUGGUGCCAGUCCCACUGUUUCCUUUCUUUGCUGCCACCCUCGACGAGUUUGGACUUGGGAAGGUGGAAUACCAGCUCGACGAAGAGAAAGGUUGGAGCAUCGACGAAAAGGAACUGGAUCGAGCUUACGACGACAGUCACAAGAAAUAUGACACUAAAGUCCUAGUCGUGAUCAAUCCUGGAUGUCCAACUGGUCAACUCCUUUCACGCGAAAACAUCCAAGCUAUCGUCAAAUUCGCUCAUCGUCACAACCUCUUUAUCAUGGCCGAUGAAGUAUUGGAGUUGGUCUCGUUCCACUCAAUUUCGAAGGGAUAUAUGGGUGAAUGCGGUGUGCGCGGUGGUUAUGCGGAAUUCUACAAUGUGGAUCCCGAAGUGUUUGGAUUGUAUAAGAAGUUGAUAUCCGCCAAACAAUUCCCGUCAAUUCUUAGUCAGGCAGCAGUGGAUGCUCUUGUGAAUCCACCCAAACAAUCAGAUCCAUCGUUUGAACAGUGGGCACAGGAGAAGAAAGCAGCUCUUCAAGGAUUCAAGGCAAGAGCCGCUCUGGUGAAGGAAGCUUUCAAUGGAGUGGAAGGGCUCACCUGCAAUGAUAUUCAAGCAUCUUUGUAUGCGUUCCCUAGGGUACAAAUGCCGCCUGGAGCUAUCGAAAAAGCUAAAAAGGAAGGCGUGGAGCCGGACUUCCUCUAUGCAAUGGAGCUUCUUGAGGCUACUGGUGUCUGCGUUGUCCCUGGUUGCGCCUUCGGACAGAAGGAGGACACCUAUCAUUUCCGAAUGACAAUUCUUCCUCAUGAAGGUGUCCUCAAAGACAUGUUGGAUCGAAUCCGAGUAUUCCAUAUUGGUUUCAUGAAACAAUAUAAGCAAUAA